GAGAUUUGUGAAGAUCCAAAGUUACUCGUUGAGGGAGCCGAUAGUGGUGAUGUUGACCAAGGGGCGCUGGGUAAUUGCUGGUUUGUAGCAGCAUCAUCUAGCCUCGCGCUACACCAAGAAAUAUUUGAUAAGGUCAUACCUAAAAUUAGCGAACAGGAAUGGGACAAGGAUAAUCCAGAACGCUACUGCGGGGCUUUCAGGUUUCGGUUUUGGCGGUUCGGAUCAUGGUUAGAAGUUGUUAUCGAUGAUCGUCUGCCAACAGUUAAUGGUGAACUCAUGUUCAUACACUCGCAGUCCAGAAACGAGUUCUGGUCAGCUCUCCUUGAGAAAGCUUAUGCCAAGUGA